UGGGUCAUGUUCAAGUCUGUCUACACCACUGGAUCACCACACCCUUGCAAACUAGACGAUUACUAAUUCUGCAGUAGCUGUAUAAUUGGACCAGAUGAGAUCCGGCCCAACUGAAGUACACCAACGCAUUCUGCAUCUAUAUAAACGUGUGUUUGUAUUCAAAUGUGUUCAAAGCAGGUGAAACAACAGAGGCUGCGUUAUUCUGAGUGAGAUGAAAACAACUGAGAUGGCCACAUAUCUGUCAUUUCUUCUGCUGUAUGCAUAUGCCACUUUCACAAGCUGUGCAGAUCUGAGAAGCUGUGAGGGACGUUGUGGAGAAGGCUACUACAGAGGAAGUUUAUGCCAGUGUGACUAUGAAUGUCUGGGCCUCAAUGAAUGCUGUGCAGACUUUCAAGCCAUGUGUACUACAAAGGACUCAUGUAAAGGCCGAUGUGGGGAGCCUUUUAAUAGAGGAAAUCCAUGCCACUGUGAUAUUGACUGUGUCGGAUACAACCAGUGCUGCCCUGAUUAUGAAAGCAUGUGCUUGGUAGAAGAAUCUUCCAAUGAAGAGAUGACCAACGAGGAAGGGAUAGCAGGGGCAGAAGAGUUCCAAAUUCCUGAGGAUGAAAUGGAAAGUGGGGCCACAUCUUUUGAGGCCACUGACACAACCACCAUGCUCCCUGCUGAUGAGAAUCUUGAGCAGUCUACCACACAACUGCCAUCUGAGGAGAUGACAACUUCCAGCACAAAUCAGCUCCAAGAGGACACCACAUCUGCCAGGCAACAGUCCCAAGAAGAGACAACAUCCCUAGUCAGCAACACACCAUCUGAAGACAAUUCAAGCAAAGCACCAACAGAGGGCUCUACGAGUGCAGCGCCAACAGCAGAGGGCUCUACGAGGGCAGCGCCAACAGCAGAGGGCUCUACGAGGGCAGCGCCAACAACAGAGGGCCCUUCAAGUUCAGCGCCAACAACAGAGGGCCCUUCAAGUUCAGCGCCAACAACAGAGGGCCCUUCAAGUGCAGCGCCAACAACAGAGGGCUCUACGAGGGCAGUGCCAACAACAGAGGGCCCUUCAAGUUCAGCGCCAACAACAGAGGGCCCUUCAAGUGCAGUGCCUAAAACAGAGGGCCCUACAAGUGCAGCGCCACCAACAGAGGGUCCUACAAGUGCAGCGCCAACAACAGAGGGUCCUACAAGUGCAGCGCCAACAACAGAGGGCUCUACAAGUGCAGCGCCAACAACAGAGGGCUCUACAAGUGCAGCGCCAACAACAGAGGGCCCUACAAGUGCAGCGUCAACAACAGAGGGUCCUACAAGUGCAGCGCCAACAACAGAGGGUCCUACAAGUGCAGCGCCAACAACAGAGGGUCCUACAAGUGCAAUACAAACAGAAGAUCCUAUAAGCACAAUACCUACAGAGGGUCCUACAAGUGCAGCACCAACAGAGGGUCCUAAAAGCGCAAUACCUACAGAGGAUCCUAAAAGCGCAAUGCCUACAGAGGGUCCUACAAGCGCGGGACAAACAGAGGGUCCUACAAUUGCCAUACCAACAGAGGGUCCAAAAAGUGAAAUUCCUACAGAGGGUCCUACAAGUGCAGCAACAAAACAAAAUGUUGUAAAUGAAAUGACUACAAAGGCACAGGGUGAAGACCUAAAGGACUCUUCAUCUCUUAAGGAUUCUAGUGCUACUCCUCUCCCGCAGAAGAUGACCACCACUCCUUCUCCAGUCAGACCAACAAAGAAACCUCUUAAACCUAACACAGACAAGGAUGACAAAAUAAAUACAAAAGAUUAUCAAGCUGAUGACUAUGACACUAAUCUCUGCAGUGGGCGUCCUGUCAGUGGUCUGACUACACUCAAAAAUGGGACCAUUGUGGUGUUCAGAGGACACUAUUUUUGGACACUGAACAAAAACAGAUAUCCUGAACCUGCUCAGUUAAUAACAAGCGUGUGGGGAAUACCGUCUCCCAUUGACACACUUUACACCCGAUGCAACUGCCAGGGCAAAAGCUACUUCUUCAAGGGAAAUAACUAUUGGAGGUUUGAAAAUGAUAUGAUGGAUCCUGGCUUUCCUAAACCCAUCAGUCAGGGCUUUGGACGACUUGGUCCUAUCACGGCUGCCCUAUCUAUACCAGCGUACAGAAGCAGAAAGGAGUCUGUAAUCUUCUUUAAAAGAGGUGGUAUGGCCCAAAAGUACACCUACCAAAUUACUCCAAAAUGUGGGGGAAAGCCAAGGAUUCCAGUGUUCACAGUGAGAAAAAGAGCAAGAAGAGAAGCUGCCGAAGCUCUGGGAAAAGUAAUUAGUAUCAAAAGGAGCUGGAGAGGAUUUCCAACAAUGGUAACCUCGUCUGUGUCUGUGCCAUCAAGGGUGAAAGAGGGAUACAAAUAUUAUGUAUUUUCUCAAAAAAAGUACUACAGCAUGAAAAUGGAAAGGGAAAAACCAGUCAUCUUAACACCUGCUAAAGGCCCAAAGGAAAAGUCAGCAAACAGCUUCUUCAAAUGUCCAGAAACCCUGAAAAACUGAGUCACCCAUCUCUUGGCCCCAUGCAAUGCACUUCUUACAUCACUUGUUUUAUGUGCAGUGGGGGAAAAAAAAAAAAAAGCUUUUGAUGGGAACACUGCAUAUUCUGAGACCAAUGACCAACUUAGAAUUUUCUUCAAAACAAAAUAACUUUUAUUGUACUGAUGUAAAAUCAUUAAAAUAAAUGAGUUGCUCAACAUUGACAAAACAA